UCAAGACAAAAGUAUUCCUGAGAAUCAUGCACAAAAGCACACUUGAUAGUUUCCACUUAGAGAAUAGUUCUUGAAAAGUUUGAACCAUAAAGCAACAACCUAUAUCAAUUACAACUAAGGAAUUCUUUUACUUCUGAAAAUACCACCAACUCCUACGCAAUGGAGCGCGUUCUCGAUUGGAUGAAACGGGUGUUCGAGGCCGUCUACCUCAGCGGCGCAGGCAUAGACUUGGGUGCCGGCAUAUUCGUGGCUUACUCACAUCUCAUGUUAUGAAAGGAUGACCACUCUUUUUAUGCCACAGAAAUAGAAAAGGAUGGCUAUUACGACGUGCUAGGUAAAUGAGUGAAUGAAUGAACGACCUGUUUUAUUAGAAAGCAUGGCUAUGACAACUUGUUUGAUGUCAGUUUGACUUGCGCAUCCUACUCCACCGUCCUAUCUCACAUAGCCCACAUAUCUCCUCUCCUUUCUACUACGGAAACAUUCUAUCCUAAAAAAGCCACUCCUUAAUUUUUUCCCUCUCUUCUAAGGCCUUCAUACUUUUUCUUAAUCCAAUACUUCCAUUUCCUAUCUCACAUAGCCAAUAGAUUUUUCCUCUCCUCUAAGCCCUAUCGCAACGACUCUGACCGCAGCGGCCUUGCCAGUAUUUUGGUACCUGUUCCGGAAAGAAAUUUUGACACUAUUCGAAAAGGAUGAGGCAAUCCUCAGUAGCAUGGCUAAGCAAACUGCGGAAGAGGAUGAAGGUACAUGACACAUGACAGAUAUGUGUUGAGUUACGACCCAAAACCAGGUGUAUAUUGCUGUGUUGAAAUGAAGAUGAUAUCCUAGUUCUGAGACCACAUACAAAAGUAGUUUUGCAUCUUCCUGUUGCGGAGAAAUUGGCUUGAUUUGAAAACCUCCAUCUCUCUCUCCCACAGCCGACGAAAAAGCAGAGUUCAAGAAACUACUGGUGGAGUACGAAAAGUCAAUGAAAGCAAAGGCUUCAACGACGGCGAUGAAAAAGAUGAAGGGAAAGGUAAUAAUCUUUGAUAGACAAUUUUACUUCUUUUCUGAUAUCUCCACUAUUCGUUGUUUGCAACAUUCAAUCCACAAUUACACUGCAGUCGCCUGCUCGCUCCAAGUCUGCGGCGAAGGCACCGGCGAUGAAGGUGAUGAAAAAGAAGUAAGGUGCUACGACGAACAUCUAAUGAUGAGAAGUGGUGAAAUCUAGUGAUUCUUUUACUUAGAGUGACCAUAGUAGUUAAGUACUUGGAACCCCGUUGUUCUUCUCGUAUCUAAGAAUUUUCAAUCUGGUGUCUGAAAAAAACCCACAAAGUUAGAAAUUUCAAUUUGGUGUCUGACAAAUCAUCCACUUCUACCUAGCUUACAACCACGAAUCAAAACUAACAAAUACGUUUCUCUUAGCCAUCAAAGGAUCUGUUUCUAACCACAUGAGUCUGUUUCUCGAUUCCAUGUCUUUUUAACUAGUUUCUUGUACGGUGACACUACUACAAUGGCUCAGCUACCUUUGGUGGGUGAAAGAAUUAUGCUUUUGUUUGAGAACGAAAGUAAUACGACGAGUGAUUCUUGAGUAGAAAUUGAUGUCUGUCGUGUUCUAAGAACCAAGAGGCUCAAAGAAU